AUGAGCUCCACCGCAAAACUCACGAAGAAGCAAAAGAAGGCGUUGGCCUUCCGCGAGCGCAAGGGCAAGGGCAAAGCCAAAUCCUUCGACGACCUCGACGAUGUUCCCGUUGCAGAGGAUCAAGAUCUUGCCGAAGCUGAAGCCGAUGAACAAGAGCUGCUGUGGAGGCCCCGACAGCGAGGAAGAGCGCACCAAGAAGCGGAAACGGGAGACAGACGGACCGGACCCCCAGAUGGAUGUGGUACGGGAAGGGGCGGCGACAGAAGAACGCCCGAAAGCGAAAAAGGCACGGAAAGUGUAGGAGAGAGCGGAGAGGAGGCGGGAGGGGAAGCAGGGAAGAAGUCGAAGGCGAAACCGGCGCAACGAUACAUCUUGUUUGUCGGAAAUCUCAAGUACGCAACCACCAAGGAGGCCGUUGAAGCGCAUUUUUCGAAAUGUGAUCCCCCGCCGUCGGUGCGACUCAUGACUCCGAAACUCACGGAAGGCUCGAAAGUGAAGGCGAAGUCUAAGGGUUUCGCUUUCGUCGAGUUCUCCCACCGGAACGCUUUACAGCAAGGACUGAAGAUGCACCAAUCUGAACUUGAGGGGCGAAAAAUCAAUGUGGAGCUCACGGCUGGUGGUGGAGGCAAGAGCGAGCAACGAAUCGAGAAGGUGAAGCAGCGCAACAAAGAGCUGCACGAGCAAAGGAAAAAUAUGGUCAUGAAGAGAAACAAUGCAGGGAAGAGCCAACAACACGACGACCAGGACGAAGACGUUCAGAUGGAACGUCCACAGCGGUACUCGACAACGUCAGGCGUGGACCAGGUCCCACUGAAGAAGCGUACAUGGUCGAUUCCUGAGAACGAGGACGAAGCUGCGCCAGGGAAGAAGAGGGGGAGCAAAAAGAGGAAGAAACGUCUUGCUAAACCUUUGGGUACGGGUGUCAACGCCAUUCCAGUUGGGUAG